AUGAUGAACAACAACAAUGGCGCUGGUGGUGGCGGUGGUGGCGGUGGCGCCAAAUCCAACUCCGUUCACAACCCAUUCCCAAAGUCUGAAGACUCGCCGCCUCUCGAACACCAAUCGGCGUGCUUCUGGCCGGCGCCGGCUCAAUUGGCCGCUUCCGCUGGAUCGAGCGCAGCUGGACCAGGCUCAUCAAGUCAUAUGAAUAACUCGAGCUCAACGAGCGGCACCGAUGCGCAUUCCGAAGGCUCCGGUCCGGAUUCAGCCGCGAGUCCAACGAUCCCAUUGGCGACAAGCAGCGGCAUGUCGAUGCAAUCGGCGACCGCCGCAGCCGCCAACAUGUACCAAUUCAACGCGAAUCGCUUCGGAGCUGCUGCCAAUGGCUUCGAGAUGAUGGUCAACAAUCCGAUGUACUCCGAUUUCUAUCAAAGCUCGCUAGCCGCUUCGGCAUCAUGGGGAUAUCCAGCGUACGGCCAACAAUACCCGUUUCCAGCCAACUAUUCGAUGGGAGGACUCGAGAAUCUCGGAGACAUCGGCCAACACGAAUGGACGUCGAGCACACAUUCGCAUCGCAAGAAGCGCAAACCGUACACGAAGGCGCAAACGCUCGAACUCGAGAAAGAGUUCCUUUAUAAUACGUAUGUGUCGAAGCAGAAGCGUUGGGAGCUCGCCAGGUGUCUACACCUCAGCGAGAGACAAGUCAAAAUCUGGUUUCAGAACCGCCGAAUGAAGGACAAGAAGCAGAAGCAGCGAACGUCGGGCGAUCCGAACGGGCUCAUCAUGGCGCCAUCAUUGGAUUGA